AUGAAGACUAGAUCGAAAAAGGGAUCGUUAGGAUACAUUAAUGACGUAAUAGAUGAUUCCAUUAAAGAUUCAAGAGAUGCAAGAACGUUUUUAUCCGAUAAGUUAAGGUUAUUUGUAAUGGGCCAUGCCGAUAAGCGAAAUCAUGACCACAUGGAAGAUUCUCAAGAUCAUAAAGAGCCUUGUGAAUCAAAUUCCGAUGAUGAGUAUUAG